ACAAUGAUGUGUGUUUUUUGCAAAUGGAGAAUAUCGUAUAGUACUUCGUUUAGUUUAUCCUUGUAAAUCAAUAAGCAACCAAUCACUUCAAAUGAAUGUUUAUUUAAGUAAAAAGACAUUAAAAAUUACAGAGUUGAAAGGGAAUUUUACAUUUUUGAUUCCUUUUGACGAUACUAUAACAUAUGAAUUUACCGCUUCAAUUUGGGGCUCAACAGGUGGUUGGAUACCAAAUUCAAAUUUUUACAAAGGCAAAAAUGCAUGUAGUUCAUUGAAAUUUAUACUAGGAAAUGCAUGGAAUUCAGUAAUUAAAGAUUUUAACAUUCCCACCUCUAAGUGUCCAAUACCAGCGGGCACAUAUAUUACAUCAGGAAUGGAUAUAAAAAAAUUAAUAGAUGGCAACUUUUCCAAACUGGGAUAUUAUGGAAGAUUUAAAGCAGAGGCAAAGGCGAGAAAUUCAGAAAAUAAAGUACUUAGCUGCAUAAUAGCUGAGUUGGAUCUUAUACGACCGUGGGAAAAACCAAUUGAUUAAGUUAUACAAAAUAAUUAUAUAAUUAUAAUAUAUUUCUGUAUUUAGUUAUUUA